GUUCUGUCUGGCGGUCAUCCCGGAAGUGGGUGAAGGCGGUUGUGGUCAGUGCGGGCUCCCUCGGCCGGGCUGUGCGGGUGCUGCUGGCGACAUGGCCGACACGGACCCGCGCUAUCCCUGCUCUUCCAUCGAGGAUGACUUCAACUACGGCAGCUGCGUGGCCUCGGCCAGCGUGCACAUCCGCAUGGCCUUUCUCAGAAAAGUCUACAGCAUCCUUUCUCUACAAGUUCUCCUAACUACGGUGACCUCUGCUGUGUUCCUGUACUUCGAGGCUGUGCGCACAUUUGUCCAUUUCUUCUCUUAGACACUGUUAGAAGCUCUGACUGUGGCAACUGUUGUUACUUUCUAUGACGUAUACCUGGUUCUGCAAGCUUUUAUACUGACUACUGCAGUCUUUCUUGGCUUGACUGCCUAUACUCUACAGUCAAAGAGAGAUUUCAGCAAAUUUGGAGCAGGGCUGUUUGCUGUUUUGUGGAUUUUGUUCUUGGCAGGAUUUUUGAAGGUUUUUUUCCAUAGUGAAGUGGUAGAAUUGGUCUUGGCGUCUCUAGGCGCUCUUCUUUUCUGUGGCUUUAUCAUCUAUGACACACACGCACUGAUGUACAAGCUGUCUCCCGAAGAGUAUGUGCUAGCUGCCAUCAGUCUCUACUUGGACAUUAUCAACCUGUUCCUGCACCUGCUGCGGUUUCUGGAAGCAGUUAGUAAAAAGUAACUGAACAGUAGACAAAGACUGCUUUACGGUGUAAAAAGUUUGAAUUACACUUAAAUAUUAAAAUCAUUUGUCAUCUUUCUCGGCA